AUGUCUGCUGGACGUAAGCAGAGCGACAAAAUGGAUGCGGAGGAAGAAAAGGAGACGGGAGGAGUGAAGAGAAGAAGACCGACCAUGGACUCAUCGGCUGAUGGGAGGAAGUCUUCAGUGAAGAGGACAAAACAACCGGUCCAGAAGAAAGAAGAGGAGAUCCAGAAGAUGGGAGCCAAGAAGAGAGCAGCCAUCUUCAGCUCAGGAUGUGGGGCCAAGAAGUUCAAGAAAGUUGAAGAAGGCCAGAAGAAAGAAGAUGGAGAGGACGAGCAGGGAGGCUCAGGAAGCAGCGGUGUUCGGCCAACCGGCUCCAGCAGCACAGUCUCCGAUAACAUCAGAAGGAGAUUAUUAUUCCAUCAUGUGCUCGGCCGGGGAAGUUUUGGAACGGUCAUGCUGGCGGAAGAUCCAUCUACCCGCAAACACUUUGCUGUUAAGAUCAUCAGCAAAAGAGCCCUGCUUGCUGAAGGUGAUGAUGAGUCUGUGAUGGUGGAGCGACGAGUUUUCCAGCUGGCAUCUGGGAGUCCUUUCCUUGUCCACGCAGACUUUGCAUUUCAGACCAAGCUGCAUGUGCUGCUCGGCCUGGAGUACAUGAGCUGCGGGGACUUUUACACCUACCUACUGAUGAAGGACCAGCUUGACAUCCCCAGUGCAAGAUUCUAUGCCGCUGAACUCGUCUGUGGAAUCCAAUUCCUGCACUCAAAGGGCGUCAUCCACAGAGACCUGAAGCCCGAGAACAUCUUGGUGGCUGAAACGGGCCAUGUAAAGAUCACUGAUUUCGGUCUUGCACUUGUCAACAUGCAUGGAGACCGAACAGCCACCUCAUACGCUGGAACAAUCGGCUACAUAGCUCCUGAGGUGAGCAGAAUAGAGAUCUUCCAUAUUGUAAUUGUAUUAGUCAUCAUGGAUCAUACACAUGGCCCGACAUAUGCCCAUUACAGUUAG